UCUGCAAACACGGAAGUGACUAUGUAGUAGCAAUAUAGAACAUGCUGCAAUGAAAACAAGAUUUUAGCUAGAACUUAAGUUAUCUUCCACUUAAUUCUUUAGUUUCUGGAUUAGAAUGUUUAUGUUUCAUUUACUAACUAAUCACCGUUAAAGGUGUCAUCUCACGUGCUAAAAGCAGCCACAUGAAUUAAUUUCAAUAAGCCAUGUGGUUCUUCAGUUCCUAACCUAGUAUUGCGUAGCUGGCUAUAUAUUUAGCUGCUGUCUAGUUCUGUUUCAGCGUCAUAAAUAUAUCUGAAGAUAUCGUCGUAACAGUUUCGUGAUGGACAGCACAGAGGAUGGUCAAAUGGAGGCAAUGGAUGAAGAUCAGGCCUGGGGUAGGGAGGACCUGAAGAAGCUCCUGGACGGUAUCAAAGAAAACAUCUCCAAAGCCAUAAUAACGAGUGUAUACACAAAAGGAGAAAGGAUGCUGGCGUGGGACAAGGUGGCUUUCCAUCCCUAUUCUCCAGAGAUGUGUCAGAAGAAAUGGAAGGAGCUCUCACAAAAGAUACGCAAGAUUCGUUCUCUUGCAGAGCUGGUCGCUGAAGCUGAAUGUGCCUUAGAAAACCCUUUUCAGUGCCAAAACGCAAAGAUACACCCAGACAUUCCCAAAAGGCCGACCCCUCCAAACAGCAUCUUCUCCAAAGAGAAUUUUAAAACAUUCAAGAACAAGCAUCCUGAGAUGACUAACUCUGAGCUUUUUGCAUUAAUCAGGAAGGCCUACACAGAGCUCCCAGAGCCCGAGAAGGCAAAAUACAUGGAGAAAUUCCAUAAAGAGCAAAAAAUUUAUGAAAAAGCUAAGAGUAGACUGAGUAAUGAGUACUCUGGAGUGAAGCAGGUACAGAGGGACCGUUUGAAAAAGGGUAAAGGGCCCCUCACACCCCAAGGACUCUGGUACCGCCACGAGAGAAAGAUGUUCCUUCAAGCCAACCCAGAUGUCAGCAGAGACUCUAUCAGACAGAGUAUAGAGUGUAAGAAGCGCUGGUCCAAGCUGUCCAAGAAGGAAAAAGUCAAGUGGAUCAGGCUCUCUUUGGAGCAGGAAUAUGCCGAAGAGGACCCAGGGAGUGAGGGGAGUCCGAAGUCCCAGCGAAAGCCUGUUCUGCGUAAGAGUGAAAGACUGCUGAUGGACUUGGCAGAUGGCAAGCCUGACAAACCCCCAUGGAACGGUUACAAUCUUUUCUGUAAAGAGCAGAAAAGUGUCAUACAAGGAAAGGGAAUCCCUGCGGACCAGUAUAUGGUGGUUUGCUCCCAGCAAUGGAAAACACUGACAUUGAGUGAAAAGGAAAACUACCAGAGACGAUGUAACAAGUUGAAGAAGGAGUUCGAGGUCAACAUGAAUCGGUAUUUGUGUAGUUUGUCAGAAAAAGAGCAGCAGCGCCUCUUAGUGGAUUACAGGAAAAGCAUGCAGUCCUCCACUUUGGCUACCCAAAGAGGCAGGAAAAGAAAGUUGGAAAGGAAGUCCAGCAAGCCAUCUGAUCUACCGCCCUCAAAGUUCGUUGCCAAAAAAGGAGGGGAAAGGGCGCUUACUGACAAACCAUCUUUGAAUGGUUACACAGUGUUCUGCAGCGAGAAGUUGGCAGAGCUGAGAGCCAGGUCAAGCCAUCUCAGUACCGAAAAUAUUUUGAAAUUAGUCAGCCGCCUUUGGAAGAAGCUGGCCAAGAAGGAAAAGGAUCGCUACCACAGUAUGGCCCAACAGCAGACCGGGGAGCAAGAAGUAGAUCUUCAAAACUGGUUAAACAAAUGUACUAUCGUCAACGCACAGGGAUUGACUGUGAAGGGCAGAACGUCAGAUUCAGAGGAUGAAUUGGAGGAUGAUAUCAACACAUCCAGUGAUGAUGAAGAAGAAGAGGAGGAUGAUGAGGAUGAUGAGGAAGAAGAAGAAGAGGAGGAGGAGGAUGAAGAUGUGAUGGGAAUGGAGAAUCAGUCAGAGAAGUCUUGUAGUUCCAGCUCUGAAGAGGACUGAUGGGAAAUGAUGCACACACAUUUUUUCUAAAUCAUUAAAUUGCUUUGAUCAGUUUUAAAUAAAAACAACAGCUGAGUCUGUGGCUCUCUUUCUCUAUUUGAUAAACAAGAGUCUAUGAUUAAGGAUUGUCUAUUUUGAAAUGACACACAUUUGCUGUGUAUCAGUUUCUGAGAAGGGGACCGCUUUUGUGUUCAAAUGAAAAAGCCAAUUCUCAAAUGUUAUACUUUCUUGAAGUGUCAGAUUUUUUGCAACAAUUCAUGGGGUUACAGUUAAUACCAGGGAGUCAUAUAUUUUGUGAACUGAAACAUGGGAACAAUAUGACAUGUUGAGUUUUUGUUUCGUGUUUCUUAAAGCAGGGAUAGGCAAAGUGUAUAUAAAUAAAUCAUUUGACUUGGCAA